UAUUCAAACCGGCGUCAUCAAAUCAAUUCCACCGUCUAUUUCGGCACACCAUUUAUGAAUACCGAUCAUCUAUCACCAAACCGGCUACAAAUCGCCGUUUCUUCAACUCAUCUGUUCUUCAACUGAUUGCCACAAAUUCAUCUGGACCAUCGAGAAAUGGGGAUUAGAUCAACUUUGACCAAGGGUAAGAGAAGAACAGGGGGAAAUAAUACACCCCAACUCAAGUGUCCUUCAUCUCUUUCAUCAAAAUCCAGUUUCUGUUUCACAGCAGGAAGUAAUCAGGGGGAUAGUGAUUCAGAGGCUACCUCAUUCAGUUCAUCGGUGCAUGGGUCAACAUCAAGUCGAACUUCCUCUACCGUUAGAUAUAGCAGUGCUAUCAAAGGAGGAAAGCAUCAAAGUAAAACACUUGAUACGUCGAAUUCACAGAAAGUCACUGGUUAUGGGAGCAUCACGCCAGCCGCUGCAUUUCGGAUUGAACCAUCAGAUGCAUCACCUGAUCUCCAGAAAUCCCGGCAAAAGUUCACGCGAUCGGGUAGUUUGAAAUCCUUAAAAAUAUUAAGAAAAAAGAACACUUCAUCGUCUGAAUCGAAGAAACCUUCAACUGUCAAUGAUUUGCACUCAAAGAAAGCUACAUUUUCUUCUAUUCUAAAGGACUCAAAGUUCCCCGAGCAGGUUGAACUUGAGCCUCAGGUGGGUGUAAAAGAAUCUGAAGAAGUACUCUCAGCCGCUAAACUCUGUUCAUACGAGCAUUGUUCCCUUCAUGGUAAUCAUUAUCAUCAUGAGACGCCACUUAAACGGUUUUCAUAUCUAAGGCAUCGUUCUUCAAAGGAUCGAAAAAGCAUUAGUCCUCAAGUUCGAGCCACAGAUAAACAUCCCGCUAAGAAAAAAGAAGCUAAGGUAGCCAAAAAGGUUUCUAACGAAUACGGGAAGGAAAAAGAAGUUGAUUUUUCUAUAGAGUUCUACGCAAAAACGAGACCCGAGCCUAGUUCUGAACCAAACUGCAGUCGAGAUGACGUGCACCUGGCUGAUAUUAUGUUUGGUGUUAAUGGUGAUGAUCAAAAUGAUGUUCGAAACCGAAACCUUCAGAUGGACGAUCAAGAUCGGCUUGCUGACGUUAAAAGUAAGAAACUGAGUUUCAACAAUGACAUUCAAAUGAGUAUGUGGCGAUUAAUUCAUCGGCAUAUGGAGUCUGGUCUUAUAGAGCAACAACUACAAGAAGAAAAACAAUCUUGUUUAGACGACGAUGAUGUUAUGAAUCAAGGAAAGGAAACCCAAAAGACGUUUGCAGUCAAGAUUGUACGAGAAGCGGUUGAGAAGAUUCUUCUUCCAGAAGAAGACGGUUCAGAAAAGAAUCAAGGGGAUGAUGAUCAAACAGAUCCGAAUCAGACAGCUAACGAUCUGUUUGGUACCAAAAAGGAUAAACCAAACGAGUGGAAUCAUGUAAAGGAAGUUGUACUUAUGAGGAGGUUUAUUACAGAACUAGAAAAGGCGAAGAAGACACUAGAUCCCGACAAGCGAGGACAUGUUCCAUUAGUACCUGAACCAGAACCAGAACCAGAACCAGAACCAGAAGCGGAGACUGUGUCUUUAAGGAGUCAAACAAGCGUUGAGAAGAAAAACUCGAAUGAAUGGAUGCUUGAUUAUGCUCUUCAACAGGUUGUUGCUGAACUAGCUCCAACUCAGAAAAGGAAGGUUGCUUUGCUUGUUAAAUCUUUUGAAAUGAUCACUCCAAAACUCGCGAAAGAAGUAGCAAUAUGAAUCCGUAAGUCAGUUUUUCUGCGUGUUCAAGUAUAUCUUGGGUUCAAGUAAUUUGACUCGGUUUUGUACGAGCGAUUUUAGGUGUUUGCAGACUAAAUUAUACAACUAAGCUGAGCGUAAACAUAAUACAUGUACUGCAUCCGUAUACUUUUGUAGUCUCAUCAAUAUGAUACGUAUGUUUUCGCAAUACAAAGCAAUGUUUUUCAGUCGUU